ACACGGCGGUGGUGGUGGAUGAUGAAGACGAUGACGAUGAUGGACAAGAGCGAGGAGAUCCACGCAAGGUAGCGUCCGAGAAGACAGCUGAGCGGUUUUAGUGGAGGAUGGAUCUCAGCCGGCUCCGGAACAUCAUCAGCAGAUAUUGCGCAGGGGAAGAGAACUGGGUCGACAGUCGGACGGUGUACAUCGGCCAUAAAGAACCCCCUCCGGGAGCUGAGGCCUACAUCCCUCAGCGUUACCCUGACAACCGCAUCGUCUCCUCAAAGUAUACCUCCUGGAACUUCAUCCCCAAGAACUUGUUUGAACAGUUCCGAAGAAUUGCCAAUUUCUACUUUUUGGUCAUAUUUCUGGUCCAGCUCAUCAUCGACACCCCUACCAGCCCCGUCACCAGCGGCCUGCCCCUCUUCUUUGUUAUCACCGUCACUGCCAUCAAACAGGGCUACGAGGACUGGUUGCGUCACAGAGCCGACUGCUCCAUAAACGAGUGUCCCGUGGACGUGGUGCAGCGGGGGAAGGUGGCGAGGACGCAGAGUCAAGAGUUGAGGGUGGGCGACAUCGUGGUGGUGAAGGAGGAUGAGACGUUCCCAUGUGACCUCAUCCUGCUCUCCUCCAGCCGACAGGAUGGUACCUGCUACGUCACCACCACCAGCCUGGAUGGAGAGUCCAGUCACAAGACCUAUUACGCCAUACCAGAUACCAUGGCCUUUAGGACCGAGCGGGAGGUAGAUUCCUUACAUGCCACCAUCGAAUGUGAACAACCACAGCCUGACCUCUACAAAUUUGUGGGACGCAUCCAUAUUUAUAAGGACAAAGAUGAACCUGUCGCGAGACCCCUCGGGGCUGAGAACCUGUUACUCCGAGGAGCCACACUGAAGAAUACGCAGCAUAUUUACGCUGCUGCAAUCUACACCGGCAUGGAGACCAAGAUGGCACUCAAUUACCAGUCUAAAUCACAGAAGCGCUCGGCUGUGGAAAAGUCCAUGAAUGCCUUUCUGAUUGUUUACCUGUGCAUCUUGAUCAGUAAAGCCGUCAUCAACACUGUUCUUAAGUACGCCUGGCAGUGGUCUCCGGACCGGGACGAGCCGUGGUACAACCACAGGACGGAGAACGAGAGGCAACGACACGUGGUGAUCCGAGCUUUCACGGAUUUCCUGGCCUUCACCGUCUUGUUCAAUUACAUCAUUCCCGUGUCCAUGUACGUCACGGUGGAGAUGCAGAAAUUCCUGGGCUCCUACUUCAUCACCUGGGACGAGGAGAUGUUUGAUGAGGAGCUGGGGGAAGGCGCUCAGGUCAACACCUCUGACUUGAACGAGGAGCUGGGCCAGGUGGAGUAUGUUUUUACUGAUAAGACAGGGACUCUGACAGAAAACAACAUGGAGUUUAUCGAAUGCUGCGUAGAUGGGAACGUCUACAUCCCGCACGCCAUCUGCAACGGUCAAAUCCUUAGCGCUGCCUCCAGCAUAGACAUGAUAGAUUCCUCACCUGGAGGAUACCGCAGGGAGCACGAGGACCUGUUCUUCCGGGCCCUGUGUCUGUGUCACACGGUGCAAGUGAAGGAGGAGGAGACGGUGGACGGCAUCAAGAGGGGCAUCCACCAGGGCCGACCCACAUCCUUCUACAUUUCUUCCUCGCCAGAUGAAGUUGCGUUGGUGGAGGGAAUGAAAAGGCUGGGCUACACAUACCUGAGACUGAAGGACAACUACAUGGAGAUCCUGAACAAAGACGAUGAAAUUGAAAGGUUUGAGCUGCUUCAUGUGCUCAACUUUGACUCUGUAAGGAGGAGAAUGAGCGUCAUUGUCAGAGCGAGCUCAGGAGAAUACCUGCUCUUCUGCAAGGGGGCUGACUCGGCCAUUUUUCCCUUGGUAGUGUCUGGGAAGUUGGAGCAGGUGAAGGCCCGGGUGGAGCAGAACGCUGUGGAAGGCCUGCGGACCCUAUGCGUGGCCUACAAGAGGCUGUCGGAGGUGGAGUACUGGGCGGCGUGUCGGCACUUGACGGAAGCCAAGCUGGCCCUGCAGGACAGGGAGCAAAGGCUGGCUGAAGCCUACGACGUCCUCGAAAGAGACUUUGUACUUCUGGGUGCCACGGCUGUGGAGGACAGGCUCCAGGAGAAGGCGGCCGAUACCAUCGAGUCGCUGCACAAGGCUGGAAUAAAAGUUUGGGUCCUGACGGGGGACAAGAUGGAGACGGCGGCGGCCACCUGCUAUGCCAGCAAGCUCUUUCGCCGCAGCACUCAGAUCCUGGAGCUGACCAAGAAGCGCACAGAGGAGCAGAGCCUCCAUGAUGUUCUGUUUGAGCUGAAUAGGACUGUUCUCAGGCAACGAUCCAUUUCUGGGUUGUCUGUCGACUGCCUCGACUUUGGUCUUAUCAUCGACGGAGCCACGCUGUCGGCGGUCCUCAAGCCCAAGCAGGAAGUUGCCGGCCACGGCAACUACCGAGAGAUCUUCCUGGAGAUCUGUCGCAACUGUAGCGCCGUGCUCUGUUGUCGCAUGGCGCCACUGCAGAAGGCACAGAUCGUCAAGCUGAUCAAGGCCUCCAAGGAGCAUCCCAUAACUCUCGCUGUCGGCGACGGAGCCAAUGAUGUCAGCAUGAUUUUAGAAGCACAUGUGGGCAUUGGGAUUAUGGGUAAGGAAGGUCGCCAGGCAGCGAGGAACAGUGACUACGCCAUCCCAAAGUUCAAACAUCUGAAGAAAAUGCUGCUGGUUCAUGGUCAUUACUACUAUAUACGCAUCGCUGAGCUGGUUCAGUACUUCUUCUACAAGAAUGUAUGUUUCAUCUUCCCCCAGUUCCUGUAUCAGUUCUUCUGCGGCUUCUCCCAGCAGCCUCUGUACGAUACGGCCUACUUGACCCUGUACAACAUCAGCUUCACGUCACUGCCCAUCCUCCUCUACAGCCUGGUGGAGCAGCACGUCACCGUGGAGACGCUCAAACGGGAACCCUCCUUGUACAGGGAUAUUGCCAAGAACUCUCUCCUCCGAUGGCCAGUCUUCCUGUACUGGACAUGCUUGGGCGUGUUUGAUGCCGUCAUCUUCUUUUUUGGUGCCUACUUCCUGUUUGACAACACCACUUUCACCAGCAAUGGCCAGCUUAUGACCACCAACACACAGAUGAUGUUUGGCAACUGGACCUUCGGGACUCUGGUCUUCACUGUGCUGGUGUUCACCGUUACCCUCAAGCUUGCCUUGGACACGCGCCACUGGACCUGGAUCAAUCACUUUGUCAUCUGGGGCUCGCUACUUUUCUACGUGAUUUUCUCCCUCCUCUGGGGAGGCAUCAUUUGGCCCUUCCUCAACUACCAGAGGAUGUAUUAUGUCUUCAUGCAAAUGCUGUCCAGCGGUCCCGCCUGGCUCAGCAUCAUCCUGCUCAUUACGGUCAGCCUGCUACCUGAUGUCAUCAAGAAGGUCCUCUGCAGGGCCAUGUGCCCAACAGCCACUGAGCGUGCUCAGGAUCACGACGUGUUGGCGCGGGACGUCGCGGCUGCCCAGCUGGCCCCUGGCCGAUCCUACAAAGGCGCGAGCACGGCCCGCUCCUCUCCGCUCCAGUUCGCCGGCGUGGAGACGCUGUCGCUCCGCAGAUCUGACCCCCUUCCACGGAAACUUUUAGCUCAUUUGGCGGAAGGGGGUAGAGCGGAAUUGCGCUCGUGCAUGCUCCGUCUCUCCGGGGCGGGGAUCGCAUACUACGCUCCGGGACCAGAAACGUCCGUGUAAACUCUGGCGUGGAGCGAUGCAUCUCGGGAGUCUGCGGUCUUCUCAAAGGUGAGGAUUUAUAUGAUAAAGAGUUCACCACGUGCACUUCUGGGCAAGUGAGCACCCUUUUACGUAAUAAGGACCCUCAUCUUUCCUUUUCUUGACGUCUUCUCAUCAACACACUGAGAAGAUACCUCUUUGUACAAUUCUUCUUCAAAUCUUGCCUGUUCCUUCUUGUUUAUGUACUUUUUUUGCAAGUGUUUGUUACAAAAGAUAUAUAUCUAUAUAUGUAUAUACAUAUAUAUACAGUAUAUAUAUGUGGUCUGGCCAAGUAUGGGCAGCCACGAAGCUAAGCCCUUUAGGUGUGUGAGAGUGUGUGUGAAUGCGUGCCUGCGUGCAUGAAGAUGCCUGCACUGUAUGUUUUGUAUGUGACACACCUUUGCCUUACAUGUUAACCACACAGCAGCAGACUGGGAGCCAAAGGUGUACAAGUGGUGUAUUACAAAGCCUUACACAAACCACCACCUCCAUCCUAUUACAAAAAAAGGGACAAAAUCCAAGAAAGGGUUGUGCAGAAGUCCUGCCUCCCUGCCUUAAUCCAUUCAUUCAUGCCUGCUGUCUGAUGUGGCGUGAGGACACUCCACGUCCAUUAGUCCGUCUAAACUGUCUCCUCUUUGCAUGUCUCAACUCUUUGCAUGGUGCUGUGUUCCUCGGACCUCCUUGAUCCCUCACCUUUAUUUCAUUUUAUGCUACCUGCUCUUGGAACGAGUAUUAGGGCCAUACUGACAUAGGCUAAGAAAUAUAUUAACACUAGCAGAGCAAAGCUAAAGAGUUUAUCAAUCAAUCAAUCAAAGUUUACUUAUAUAGCCCUUAAUCACAAAUGUCUCAAAGGGCUGCACAAGCCACAACGACAUCCUCGGCUCAGACAUCCUUUAAUUGUGCAAGAGGAAACAAAUACGUAGAAACGUCACAAGAAAAACUUGAAAUAGAGACAUAAUCAUCAAAACCUCAGAAUUUUAUGAGAAAAAUGUUGUCUUGUUUGGAAUAUAAAUGUACUAAUAUUGCGUUAACAUUUUUGUAAUUUCUGAGUAUAAAGUCGUCAAAUUAUGGAAAAAAGUUUUAAUUAAAAUUAAGAGGUAAUAUUUUGUAUUAUUGUUAUGGGAAUUAAGGAAAAAUGUGAGUAAAAUAUAUUUUUUUCUGAAUAUGUUUGUGUUAACUGAAAAAUGUGUGGGGUUUUAAUUCUAGUCGAGAGACAAAACAUUUAAUUUAGUAAAUAUGAGAUUACAGUUGUAUAAUGACAAGAAGUAAUUUUUUUUUUGUGAAAAAUAAUUGCGAGAAUAACUUUGUGAUAUUAAACUUGUAAUGAAUAUCACAAGACAAACCAUUAUUUUUACAAGAAUAAAGUCUUAAGUGUUAAGAAAGUACAAUUUUAUUUUCACGAAAAAGAUUUUGUUUAAUGAAUAUAUGUAAGUGUCAUCAUUUAUUUUUGGUUAUGAUAUCUCAAGAUGUUUUUGUUUUUUUAUUCUAUGAGGUCAAUAUUGUGAUGCUAAAAUAAAUUAAGACGCAAAAAUGUCAUGAGCUAAUUUAAAAAAUUAUAUGCAACAUUAUUUCUGUAACAUUAGGACUGUUUUGGCGUAACAUAUUCUCACAAUAAUACGUCUUUAAAAACUGCUAUAUUUUAAUUUUUUUCUCGUCAGCUUUAGAAUAUCUUUUUUUGCAUGAUUACAACAUUUAUCUCGUAAUGCAUUUCUACAUUUCUCUGGUAAUGUUACAAUAGUUUUCUCUUUAGCGUCAGACUUUUUGCGUGAAACAGUACGUUUUUUUUCCGUAAGCUUUAAAUAUUUUCCAUAAAACAUCACAACAUUUUACUCAUAAACUAUUUUUGUCAUAAGGUUACAACUUUUUUCUUGUAAACUUGAGACUUUUUCCACAAAAUAUAUUUUUCUCACAAAGUUCCAAUUUUUUUCUUGUAGACUUUUUUUCUCACUUUAUAUUACAUCAGCUCACUUGAAAUGUUACAGAUUUUCUUCGUAAGCUUUUUUUCCACGUAACAUUAAAACAUUUCUCUGUUAACAAUACAACUUUUUUCUCGUUAGCCUUUAGACUUUUUGUAUGCACAAUUACAACUUUAUAGUCUUUUUCUGCGUAAUAUUACAAAAUGUUUCUCGUAAAAUACAAAAUGUUUCUCCUAACACUCAAACUUUUUAUCGUAUGCGUUAGACUUUUUCCAUGCAAGCUCAAAAAAAAACCACAAAACUGUCCCAAUUUUUGGGGUUUAAGUCUUUAGACUUUUUUGUACGUAACAUAACAUUUUUCUCGUAACAUUCAAACUGUUUUAUGCCUAAGCUUUAGACUUUUUCUACGUAACAUGACAUUUUUUUCGUAAAAUUUCAACUUUUUUUUGCCUAAGCUUUAGUAUUUUUUCUCGUAUGCUUUAAAGUUUGUCCACGAAAAAUGACAAAAGGUCUCUCGUGAAAUUACUUAAUUUUUUUCCACAACUUUAGAACCUUUUUGCUCAUAUUUGAUUGACUUUAUCUACAAUCAAAAACAUUUGGAGCUAUUCCAAUUUUCUUAUCGUCUAUUUUAGACUUUUUCCACGUAACAUUUAUUAUUUUUUGUAGCAUUUCAACUUUUCUGCCCAAGCUUUAGACUUUUUCCACAGCCAACUUUUCGAGUUUUUCCAUGAAACAUUACAACAUCUUGUAAUUUUGAAUAGUUUUCCAUUGUGGCCCUAAUACUCUUUUGUAACGGGUAAGUUACACUGGCUCCAGUCUUUUACGUACAGGUGAUUUUGUCAAUGUUAUGCAAAAGGAACGCCAAUCGCGUGUUCUUUCUCUUCCCCCCGUCUUGAUGUCACUACCGAUGGAUGGAUGUAACUUUACGGUUGAUGGGGCGUAUUGUACUUUGCAGAAAGACUUGAAUAGGCGACGUCACAAUCAAUCAAUCAAUAGAAUGUCAAACACAUGUGUCCGCCAUGUCCUCCAGCAGACGAUUGUAGCUCAUGUAAGGAUCUCUUUUCUUCUAUACAGUUUAUUUUCAUACGCAUCACCACCAUCUGCCAACGGGUAUAGAUUUCAUACAAAAAAAAAAAAUUCUGUACGAAUUAGACUCAAGCUUGCGCUCAGACAAGCAUACGGUCUGUUUUGAUUUCAGGACUCAACAUCCUAACCUCAGUGACACUCACUGUGCUGUUGCCAUGUUGUAUUCAGGCAGACUUGGACAUGUUCCCCUGCAAAAAUGCUUCAUUUGUCAUGACUGUUGUAUCCCGCCGUUGUAUCUCUUUUUUCAGUUGUUCUUAAAUGAAAUUCAUUAUCCAGCGUUUUCUACCAACGCGAAACUCUACUCCAGUUAUAAUUUUAUCCACUUGUCCAUUGAAAACAAAAUCCAGAUGGCCGAGGUUAUACAAUACAGGUGUUCUUAACCUUUUUGACCCUGGAGCCCAACUUUUCCACUACAGCUCAAAUAGUAACACUGAAUUAGUAAUCUUACUCUUGAUUUUAAUCAUAUUCAAUAAUUAUAUCUAACAUUUUUACAGUUUAACAGGAUCCAUUGUCAAAUGAUAUUAAAGCAUGUGUUAAUCACAAUGAUUAUUAUCAAGGCGUAAGUCAGGCUGAUUACAAAAAUAAAUACUAAUCAAAUAUAGUGCCAAAAAAUUAAUAGAUUUACAUACAAUCAUGCAGUGCUCAAAUAAAUAUAUUGUAAAUAAAUGAUCCAUGAUAAUGUUUCUUAAAUAAGCUGAUAAUACAGCUUCACCACUUUAGUCAUAAUUUAUUUUUUAAGAACUUCUCUAUGACUUUAGCUGCAGACUUUGUCUAUUUGUUUUAUAUUCUCAUUACUGCCACAAGUGGUGGAAAAGUUUAUUACAACUGAGUACCACUACAGCCCAUACAGACCACAGCUGAGAAUCAGAUAUUUUGUGGCGGUCCAACAAUGGGCACCGCCGUAAUUCAUUGUUGUACAUGCAUCUCCAAUCUAAUUAUGAUUUCAUCCUAUCUAUUCGGAAGCAUGGGGGGGGGGAAUCCAGAUACCGGGUGGGAUACAUAAUGGUCGUUUACAAUGCAUUUAUACAUUUUUUGGUUUUGUUGUCAUUCAAAGUCUGCCAGAUAUGUUUUAGGAACAUUUUUAUUGGAAAUCACGGUGCCGGGGAUCUGGCAGAAUACAUUGUGGUCGUCUACAAUGCAUUUUUGCUUUCUUUUCAUUCAAAGAUUAUUGGUUCUGAUGUCUACGUGUAGCCACUCAAAUUUGCUGUUGACUAACUUCUCUGUUGGAAACAUGGGGGCGAGAGGGAGGAGACAUCAAGAUGUCUAAUGGGAUACAUUGUGCUUAUCUCCCAUGCAUUUGCACGGUCUUUCUUUUCAUUCAAACAUUACCACUUCUAUUUUUCACUUCCAACUACACUUGAAUUUAGUUUUUUAGCAACUUCUUUGAAAAGCAUGGGAAGGGGAAACAAAUACAGACCUCUGACGGGGUACAUUGUGGUCGUCUACAAUGCAUUUGUAUGUUCUUUUGUUGGAUUCAAAGCUAUAGUUCUAUUUUUCCACUUUCAGCUUCACUUUAAUUGAAAUAUCAAUGGAAUAAAAUAACUGAUUUAAUUAAAUUAAAAUUAAUUUAUAAACUGUUGCCUUUUCCACAGUGUGUUUAUAUAUUUUUAGGUGCAUUAAAAGGCUAGCAAUUCUAUUUUUCACCUCCAAAUACAUUGGAAAGCCCGAAAACAACUGCAGAUGUGCAGUUGGAUACAUUGCAGUCGUCUACAAUGGGUUCUUUGCAUUUAUGUAUUUUUCAGAGCUGGUUGGUGUUGCCCAUGGUGAACAUUCUCUUUCCUAUGUUUGUAAAUCCCCCAGAGAAGAUUCUAUUUUAAGUCCAUUUUAUUUCAGAAUGUGUGUUAAGGUUUACCAAAAGGGUCAGUACAGAUGUAUCAGUACACACUGCACUUAUCUCACAGAUUUAUCCCCCAGAAACGAAGGUCUGUUGUCCAGUCAGCUUGUUUAUACUGUAAAAACUCUUCCUCACAAGUUAUUUUUCUAAGAAGAUUGUAGUGGGUGAAGUGACCAAAUAACUUGACUUAACUGGACUGGACUGGCCUUCGUCUCAAAUAUCUCACCAGCCUUUCUCUCGAAUGUCGACGCCACCGCCACCGCUUUCUCUGAAGUCCAUCAGCACAAGCGCAGGUGAUGAAUCCUGACGUCUGCGAGCAUGACAAAGGUGCCAGAGAGGUCACGCACCCUCCGUACAGCACUGUUUGUAUUACUGUACAUUUUCUGACUUUUUAAUUUAUUUUUUUUUGAAUGUUUUUGCCAGCUUGUCUGUAGCAACUGAGGGUAAAAGCACUGUAUUGUCAUUCUGCUUGGAAUUAAAAAAAAUAGUGAAAACA